GUCGACUUUGCUCUGAGUUUGAUCGGUGGGCUUAAUAAAGUUUUAUUUAGUGUUUGAUUCGGCCUUUUUUUUACUCUGAAUCUAGAGCUUCGCAGCAGGCACGACUAUGGAAGUAUUGCGGUUAAUCGGAAAAAGUGGAGCUUGCAUUCUGUCACGAGCUCGCAGUGCAUCAGCAUGCAGAAGACAGACUGGUCCCACUCCACUGUCGCUAUUGCAGCAGAAACGCCACUACGCCGAGUCAGGGAACCACAUCAUGGUGGAAAGAGACAGUAAUAACGAAGGCAUUGCUGUUGUGAAGAUGAACAAGAAGCCAGUCAAUAGUCUGAGUAAAGACUUCAUGAUGGAGAUGAACAUCACGCUCGAAAAACUGGAGAAUGACAGCAGCUGCCGGGGCGUUAUCCUGACAUCAGCCAAUCCCGGGAUUUUCUCGGCCGGGUUGGACAUCACGGAGAUGUACCAGAAAUCGUCAGACUACACCAGUGCCUUCUGGAGGUCACUCCAAGAUUUCUGGAUGAGACUCUACGGCUCCAACUUGGCCACUGUGGCCGCCGUAAAUGGCCAUUCUCCUGCCGGUGGGUGUCUGAUGGCAAUGAGUUGUGACUACAGGAUCAUGGCAGAGGGCAAAUUCACUAUGGGUCUGAAUGAAGUUCACCUUGGUAUAGUAGCCCCGUUUUGGUUCCAAGAGCUGAUGGUGAAAACCUGCGGCGAGAGACAAGCGGAGAUGGCAUUACAACUAGGCACGCUCUUCAAACCAGAGCAGGCUUUGAGGAUCGGUAUGGUGGAUGAGAUCGCACCAUUGGACGAUGUCAUCAACAAGGCACGGGAACAUCUGGCGAAAUGGCUGAAAAUACCAGAUCACGCGCGAGUCAUCACCAAGGGCAUGUGCCGGGGUCUGCUCCUGGAGAAACUACGGGCCAAGCAGGAGGAGGACAUUGCUUUCUUCAGUGAGUUCAUCAACAAGGAUGCUAUCCAGAAAUCCUUAGGGAGGUACCUGGAGAGCUUGAAGAAGAAAUAGAUAAGACUGUAAAAA